AUGGUCCCUCGCUCCCAGAGGAAAGCAGGAGGAGGCCGCAGGGUGUCAGCAGACCGCCCUCGGCCACCUCCUCUCCCCAGAAUCCGACUCCAGGGUCUGGGCUCCAAUCUGCCAGUGGCUCUGCAUGGCCUUCCUCACCGGAGCAGCCAGGGCCGUCGCCUAGCCCUGCACAGGGGCCAGCUCUCCCUCUCGCUGUCUCCCAGGCCCCAUCCAGCCCAGCCCGUGCUCACUGUGCCCCAAAGUGCAAUUACACCCCCCCAGCCUGGGACCAGCAGACCAUUCACUCAGGUUGCUGAAUCCUGGUCAUCCCGGCUGCCUCUUAGGAGUGGCCUCGCCAAGGCCUCCCUGUCCCCUCACAGCGGGUGA